GUUCUGGCACUCAGGGUGUGCCAGGAGGGUUCUGCCUGGACUGCUGGAGUGACAGGUGUUAUUGGAGUCCAGUAGACAGGCAGCUAUGGGGCUGCUGACAGGGGAUGUGUUGCUGUCCCUGGCUUUGGCCACCGCCAUAUUCCUGCUCCUAGUGGACCUCAUGCACCGGCGCCCACGCUGGGCUGCACGCUACCCACCAGGCCCCAUGUCACUACCAGGGCUGGGCAACCUGCUGCAGGUGGACUUCCAGGACAUACCCUACUGCUUUGGCCAGCUGCGGCGCCGCUUCGGGAACGUGUAUAGCCUGCAGCUGGCCUCGAGGCCGGCGGUCGUGCUCAACGGGCUGGAGGCCAUGCGCGAGGCGCUAGUGAAGCACAACGAGGACACUGCGGACCGGCCGCCUUCGCCCGUUUUUGAUCACCUGGGCUACAGCCCACACGCCCAAGGGGUGAUCAUGGCGCGCUACGGUCCUGCAUGGCGCGAGCAGCGGCGCUUCUCCUUGUCCACUCUGCGCUUCUUCGGUCUGGGCAAGAAGUCGCUGGAGCUGUGGGUGACCGAGGAGGCCGCCUGCCUGUGUGCCGCCUUCGCAGACCACGCCGGACGGCCCUUUAGCCCCAGCGAGCUCCUGAACAAAGCGGUGGGCAACGUGAUCGCGUCCCUCACCUACGGACGCCGCUUCGAGUACGACGACCAGCGCUUCCUCAGACUAAUGGAAUUGACUGAGGAGCGACAUCGGCAGGAAUCUGGCUAUCUGAUGCAGGUGGUGAUGGCUGUCCCCGCGCUCCUGCGCAUCCCGGCGCUGGCUGUCAAGAUCAUCUCUGCACGGAAGGCUUUCAUGGCCCUGCUGGAUGAGCUGGUGACCGAGCACAGGAUGACCCGGGACCCGGCCCAGCCACCCCGAGACCUGACUGAUGCCUUCCUGGCCGAGGUGGAGAAGACCAAGGGAAACCCCGAGAGCAGCUUCAAUGAUGAGAACCUGCGCCUGGUGGUGGCUGACCUGUUCUCCGCUGGGAUGGUGACCACCUCCACCACGCUGGACUGGGCCCUCCUGCUCAUGAUCCUGCACCCGGAUGUGCAGCGUGAGCCCGGCUGGGGUCUGGAGGGGCGGCCGAGGGAGGAG